CGCGCGCCGCCGGCCGCCCGUGAGGAGAAGGAGGAGGAGGAGGAGGCGGCGACGACGGUCUGUGAGGAAGAGGAGGAAGAAGCGGCGGGACGCCGGGGGUCGGAGGUCGGGGGUCGGAGGGCCCGCCCCCGAUGUCCGGCGAUGGCUGAGGACAGUCAGGACGAGCUCAUCAACAAGAACGCCGCACUGGGCCGGACCCGGAGACCCAGCCUGGCCGACCUGCUCAGUGACGCGGAAGAAAGCGGCGGCGACUCCAACUCCGGUGCCACCAGCGAGGAGGAGGAAGAGGAUGGUACCGACGAGGGCGAAACGGAGGAGGAGGAGGAAGAAGAAGGCGGAGACGAAGAUGUGGAAGGCGACUCAGGUUCGGAGGAGGACGAUGAGGACUACGGCCCGGAGGACGAGGCCCCGAGGGAGGGCUCGGCGGCGGUACCCAGAGGGAAGCAGGGAGCCGGCGGAGGCGGCGACGGCGGCGGCGGAGACCCUCUCAGCUCCGACGGCGACGAAGCGGAGAGCUGCCCCAUCUGCCUCAACGGCUUUCGGGGCCAGGCGGUCGGGACCCCGGAGAGCUGCGCCCACUAUUUCUGCUUGGACUGCAUCGCGGAGUGGGCCAAAAACGCCAACUCCUGCCCGGUGGACCGGAUCACCUUUAAAUGCAUCUGCAUCCGCUCCUGCUUCGGCGGGGAGGUCCUGAAGAAGGUCCCCGUGGAGAAGGCGAAAGGGCCGGACGGGGAGGAGGAGGAGGAGGGGGCGGAGGGGCUGGAGGACCCCACCUUCUGCGAGGUGUGCGGGCGCAGCGACCGCGAGGACCGCCUCCUCCUGUGCGACGGCUGCGACGCCGGCUACCACAUGGAGUGCCUGAGCCCGGCUCUGAGCGAGGUGCCCGUGGACGAGUGGUUUUGCCCAGAGUGCGCCGCCCCCGCUCCCGCCGCGGAGCGCGUGAGCGAAGAGGAGCCGUCCAGCCUGCUGGGGGAAGCGGUCCCGGUGCCCGGCCGGCUGCGCGCCAACGCGGGCCGCACCAGGGCCAUCGCCCGGACGCGCCAGAGCGAGAGGGUGAGGGCCACCGUCAACAGGAACCGCCUCACCACGGCUCGCACCAUCCAGCACGUGCCGGGGUACCUGAUGUCCUCUCUGCUGGAUGAAACCAUCGAGGCCGUGGCGGCGGGGUUGAGCACGGCCGUGUACCAGAGGCCUCUCACGCCCCGAACGCCAGGGAAGCGGAAAAGGAAGAUGGGCAGGAGGAAGAAAAAGUCCGGGAAGAAGAAAACCCCGGCCAAAUCGGCCGCCGGGAGCCAGGGCCCGGGCUCACGGAUCAAGAGGCGCAAAUCCCGCAGGAAGAGGAGGAAGGGGAGGAAGACGAUACGGGUGAGGAGCUCGGCGACGACCCGCUCGCGCAUCGCCAGGACCCUGGGGCUGGGGAAGGUGGGGCGCGGCCUGCCGCUGCCCACCCUGAGCAGGCCCGUCCAGCCGUCGCUGGGCCUCAUGCGGGCGGACAUCGGCGCGGCGUCGCUGUCUCUGUUCGGGGACCCGGACGCGUUGGACGACUACGACAGCAACGAAGAGCCCCCGGCGCCCCCGGGCUCGCCCCUGAGUGCCAAGCGCAGGCUGCUGUCCCAGUCCGCCCUCCGCUCCCACCAGCCGGUGGCCAGACCCGUCUCCAUGGGCGUCUCCAGGAGGGGCGUCCCGGCCUCGGCCCCCGAGCGAGCAGCCGAGGCCGCCCCCGUGCCCGACCUCCUGGGCAGCAUCCUGUCCGGCCAGAGCCUCCUGAUGAUGAGCGGGGCCGACGUGGUCAUCAACCGGGACGGCUCCCUCUCGGCCAAGAAGGCAGCUCCAGUCUCCCUGCAGCGGAGCUGGGCCGGAGACUGGAGAGGGGCGGGCCGGCCCGGCCCACCGCCCCGAACGGGUAGUACGGACCCGGCGGCCAGCGGCCCCGCCCCGGACCCUGCCCAUCGUCUGGGGUUGAACUCUCACACCAGGCCGCCCCCCAACAUGUUCGCCGCCUCCUCCUCCUCCUCCUCCUCCGCCGCCACCACCUCUUCCUCCGCCUCGUCGUCCUCUUCGUCGUCGUCGUCCUCCUUCUCCACAGCCGCCGCCGCCACCUCGUCCUCCUCUUCGGCCUCCUUCGCCUCCGCCGGAGCCGGGGGGGCGGAGAAAGGCGGGGCCCCCCCUCCGCCGUGGCCCUCGAGGCCGGCGGUGAAGCUGGAGUUCUCCAUGACCCCCCGCUCGGUCCAGAACUCAACCGGCGCCCCCAGGCCCAGGCUGAGGCCGGCGGCCCAGUGGAACGGGGAGGACGGGCUGCCGCCCCCCGGAGCCACCUGGUCCGGAAGGGGCGGGGCCGGGCAGCCGCCGGCCCGCCCCCCGGCCCCCCGGGCGGACAUCUCCGACCUCCCCAGGAUACCAAAGAUCAAGAGAGAGGGCGGGGAUGGCGACGGGCCCCCGGGCCCCGAGCCCGCCGCGGGGAACAGCCGGGGCGUGGACGGCCCCGCCCCCUGCAUCAACCGGCUGACGGGCCGAGAGGGCUCCGGCCGGGGCGGCGGGGCCCAGGGCGGGCCCGGCCCGCGGGAGCCCGGGGGGCCCAAGCCGCCGGCGGGCGGGGGGGCCCCCUCCUCGUCCUCGUCGUCCUCCUCCUCCUCCGGAGGCCCCGCCCCGCCGGGCCCGGCCCGGGGCGGCCGGGGGCUGGGCCCGCCCUUCGAGAGCUUCCGGAUCAACAUCCCCGGGCACGCGGCCCCCGCGGGCCGGCCGGCCCACCCGGGCUUCUGCAACACGUUCCGGCCCGUGGAGCGGCGGGCCCAGCGCAAGGAGCCCGCCUCGGCCCUCUUCUCCUUGGCCAAGAGCAAGCAGCAGGUGAAGAGCGAGAUGUACGACCCCUUCGAGCCCACGGGCUCGGACUCCAGCUCGCCGGCCGGCAGCCCCGACCGGCCGGGCCCCGGCCCGCGCCCCUCGGGGAUCACACGCACCAUCUCCGUCCAGAGCCCCGAGCCGCCCGCCUUCCACACGGUGCGUUGCGUCACGUCCUACACCCUGGGCGGGGAGGCCGACGACGAGGACGACGCCGGCGGCGGCGGCGGGGGCCCGGCCGGCCCCGCCCCGCCCCCGGCCGACCCCUUCUUCGACGCGGGCGGCCGCACGGUGACCUGCGUGACGGUGGGACCGGCCCCGUCGCCCCCGGCGUCGCCGGCCCCGCUGCCCCCGGCCGCCGUCCACCGCAUCGUGGAGCUGCGGUCGCCCCCGCCCUCCCGCUCCCGCUCCCGCUCCGACUCCAGCUCCCGGAGCGGGAAGAGGGCCGAGCGGAAGGCGGCGGCCGGGCGCGGGCGGUCCCGCUCCCGCUCCCGCUCCCGGGAGGGCAGCUCGCGCUCCACCUCGCGCUCGGCCGGAGAGGGCCGCCCCCGCGGGGCGCGGGCCCGGCCCCAGGCCCACCCGUCGUCCAGCGACGGGUCCGGCAGCCGCGAGCGCGGCCCCCGGAAGAAGGCCAAGGACCAGGGCCGCGAGAGGCGGCGGGCCCCCCGCCCGCGGGACCGCAGGCCGCCCCGCUCCCGCUCCCGCUCCGGGAGCCCCGACGGCUCCGCCCACGAGCCGGCCGAGGGCCGCAGGAAGAAGAGGCGGCGGCGGUCGGGCUCUCGGCCCCGCGGGCGCGAGGGCUCCCGCUCCAGCAGCCCCGAGCGGGGCCGGCGCCACGGACGCAGGAGGGAGCGCAGCCGCGAGCGCCGCCCCAGGAGGGACGGCGGGCCGCGGGCACGGGAGCGCCGGGCCUCCCGCUCCCCCGCGGGGGGCCGCCCGGCCGCGGGGCCCCGGGCCCGGGAGAAGAGGCCCCACUCCCGUUCCCGCUCCCGCUCCCGGGACAGGAAGCGCGCGGGGAAGGAGGAGGCGUCGCCCCCGCCCCCGGAGAAGGAGCCCGGGCCCGCCGUCACGGACGCGGCCCGGCCGGAGCCCCCGGCGACCGGCGAGACGGCGGCGGCGGCGGUCCCCGCCGCGGCCCCCGCCGAGGACCUGGACUACGGCGACACGGUGGAGGCGGACCACGUCUUCGAAGAGCUGUCGGGCGAGGCCGGCCUCUUCCAACUGGACGACAUGAGCUCGCCCCCAUCCCCGGACCCCACCGACUCCUCGCCCGAGAGAGAGCCCCUCCCGGGACCCCCCUUCCCGGCGGGCCCCCCGGGCCCCCUGAACCCGCCGGCCGGUCCGGGAGAGACGGCCCCCGCACCCCAGGAGGCGGGCCCCGUCGGGUGGGCCCAGGCGCCCGCCGCCCCCGGCUCCUCCGGGAACUCGGCCGGCGGCGGGGCGGAAGAGGACGGAGGCCCCGCGCCCGCCGAAAGGCCGGGCGGGGGCCCGAAGCCCGAGGGGGCGGCCUGUCCUUUGGCCCCCCUCCUCAAAUCCAAGGCUCCCGUCAAGAGGGUCACCUGGAACCUCCAGCAGCAGGAGGACGACGCGGCCGCGCCUAGACUACCCUUCUACAGGCUGCCGAGGCUAAAAGAGGGGUUUUGGAAGGCCGAGGAUUCCGGCCUGCUCCCGUUGGAUCAGGUGCACUUAGCCAGGCCUCCUCCCACCAAUUCCAUCGUUCCCGAGCCCUUCUUUCCCGACCCGGACUCCUCUCAGGUUUACAACCCCACCGUGCCCCUGCCCCCGACGCUGCCCUCCAACCUGCCGCCCUACGCCCCCGUCAGCCAGCCCACCGUGCAGUUCAUCAUGCAGGGGAGCCUCCCCCUCCUGGGGGGCUACGGGGCCGGGCCCAGUCUCACCCCGGACCCGGGCCCCCUGGAGCCGGGCGCCCCGGCCGCCGCCUCGGAGCCGGGCACCCAGGCCGCCGCCUCCACGGGCGACCAGGCGGCCGAGGACAAGGCCCCGCCGCCCAAGCCCGCCCUGGAGAAGACCAAGAACGAGGAGUACCUGAAGAAGCUGCACGUGCAGGAACGGGCCGUGGAGGAGGUGAAGCUCGCCAUCAAGCCCUUCUACCAGAAGCGCGAGAUCACCAAGGACGAAUACAAGGACAUCCUCCGCAAGGCCGUACAGAAGAUCUGUCACAGCAAAAGUGGAGAGAUCAACCCCAUGAAAGUGGCCAACUUGGUCAAGGCCUACGUGGAAAAGUACCAGCACAUGAGGCGGCAGAGGAAGGCCGGCCCCGAAGACGAGCCCCCCGAGGUGGAGAACUGAGGAAGACCCCCCCAAACCCGUCCGCCCCUGCCGAGCCAUCGACGCCCGGCACGGGAGACGGGGGGCAGCGGCGCCCGAGGGACGAAGGAAGCCAGCCUCGGACGGACGGGCGGCGGGCGGACGCUGCGGGGACCCCCAGAAAGUGCUACUGUUUUCAGGGUUUAACUUGGAUCACACUUUUUUGUUCCGGGGCCCCCCCACCCCCCGCCCUUCCCCAAAUCCCUCCCCUCCGCCCGCUCCGUCCCCGACCGGACGGACAAACUCGGGGUUUUCGUUUCGUUUUUUUUUUUGUUUUGUUUUCGUUUUUUUAAUCUGUAUACAGUAUAUAUAUAUAUUAUAUAUACACACCCGCCCUCUUUCUCACGGUGGUGUAAUUUAUCGAAAUAUGGAUUGUCUUUAGAGAA